CGAGCCGCCACGCCUCCGGGCGCGUUUCCUUCUCAAUUCUUCCUUCAGCUGCGUCCUUGCGACCAGCGGACACCAGAAAUCGCCAUCUCUGACCUGCGCGAAAGCGAGAAACAGCCGAGAUGGACAAGCUUGAAUCCCUCUCGAACCAGCUCUCCCAAAUCACGAUGUACGACAUCAAGUCGAUGUACAACCAGGCUAAGAACAUCGUCUUGAAUGUCUCUGAGGUUGAAGCGCUAGUCGCCGAGGCCACGAACGACGAGCCAUGGGGAGCCUCAUCGACCCUCAUGCAGAACAUCGCCAAUAAGACAUUCAACUACCCGGAAUUCAACGAGAUCAUGCCCGCUAUAUACUCGCGAUUCAUGGAGAAGGAGGCGCGGCAGUGGCGGCAGAUCUACAAGGCUCUGCAGUUGCUGGAAUACCUCGUGAAGAACGGCUCGGAGCGCGUCGUGGACGACGCGCGGUCGCAUCUGUCCACUAUCAAGAUGCUCCGCAGCUUCCACUACAUAGAUGACAAGGGGAAGGACCAGGGCCUGAACGUCCGAAACCGCUCCCGCGAACUCGCCGAGCUGCUCUCCGAUGUGGAGAAGAUCCGCUCGGAACGCCGCAAAGCCAAGGCGAACAAGAACAAGUACAUUGGUACAGGGAAUGACGGCUUGUCCUUCUCCAGCGGCGGUAGCCGAUAUGGCGGCUUUGGCAGUGAUAGCCUUGGCGGCGGAGGGUACUCGGGCUCAUCUUUCAGCGGCGGAUAUUCCGGCUCAGCGGGAUACAGUGGCAGCGGAGGCUUCGCGUCAAGUUCGUCUGGCUUCCGCGACGACACGUCAAGGCGUGGGUUCGAGGAGUACGACGCCGGUGCCGAUGAGGAGUCUUCCCGGCCCGCACGGUCCAGCUCUGUCCGGUCUGCAGCUACGAGCUCGCGCAGUGCCGCCCAGGAGCGCAGGCAAACGGCACCUCCAGCUCCAAAGCAGCCAGAGCCGGUCGUCGACCUCCUUGGGGGCUUCGACGACGAGCCGACGCCCGCCCCGGCGCCUGCUAACAAUCAAAACAAGGCCCUGCCCGCGCUGGGUGGUGGUGAUGACGAUGAUUUCGCUGACUUCCAGGCCGCGCCAACAACGCCUGCGCCGGCUCCGGCAGCAGCGGCAGCAAAGCCCAACCUGAUGGACUUGCUCAACUCGACACCGUCUACCGCGUCCGCCCCAGUGUCCGCGGCGCCGAUGGCGUCUCCGCCCGCGUACGGGCAGCAAACCUUCGGUGCCUACGGCAUGGGUAUGGGCCAGCCCGGGAUGGGCAUGGGCUACGGCCAGCCUCAGCAAGCUGCCAUGGGGAUGGGGAUGGGGAUGCAGCCGCAAGCUAUGGGCCACCAGCCGAUGGGCAGCAUGAGCGGCGGCAUGGGCAUGGGCAUGGGCGGCCGCCCCGCGUCCAUCGCCACCUCGCCCAUGCAACCCGCCAUGGCCGCCUCUCCGCCGCCAAUGCGCCCCGUGUCGACGUCGACCUCCUCUUCGUCCGCCGCGACGCCGAAGAGCGCGAGCGCGUUCGACGAUCUGUGGAGCAUGUCGCUGGGUGGCAGUGGGUCGAAGCCGAGCACGCCGGUCGCGGGUGCGGGAAAGAGCAUUAAGGACUUGCAGAAGGAUAAGGUGAACCAGAGCUUGUGGGGUGCGGGUGGUGGCACGGGCAUGGGAGGAGCAAUGGGCGCGCCGAAGCCGGCGGCGUCGAACAGCGGGAGCUUCGGGGGAGGGAAUGAUGACCUUCUGCUGUAAGUGGGACUUCAGGUCCGUCCAUCAGCCUGAGGCUGGUACUAUCAUUUGUCUACAAUGCAUGCUACUUUUAUGUGGCUGGGUACCUUUGAAUAUGUAGUCAUGCGGAGGGAUUCAUCUGGGAGAAGGAAA